AUGGUCUUCUACACUCCAAAGCGUAUUAUUCCAACUACUUUUAAAGCUAUUAGCACGAGAUCAAGAUGCCUAGCUACCAAAGUGGCUCCCAAGGAGAAGGAUGAAGGCUCUAUAGCUGAUGUCUUCGCCUCGUUAUCUGGUGACAAAGCAGUAGAACUUCCACAGCGUUUUUCUGAUUUGAAGAAAGAAAUCUGGAAAGAUAGCAUUAUAGAAACCUGGAGGGAUGUCCUCGCUAAACUUAAACCAGAAGUUGAAGAGGUAGCUGCUAUUGGUUCUGAGGCGAUUCCGCGUUUGCCUUAUCAUCAAAUCAAGAACGGCACAGAAAAAGAUAUCGUCGAGCGUAUCAAAAAAGUUGGUUCUGUCGUAGUAGAAGGUGGUGUCACCAAGACAGAAGCACUAAAAUGGAAACAAUCUAUACGUGACUAUGCGUCUGCUAACAAGGAUAAAGUUAAAGGUUUUCCGGCAGAUGAUGUACAAGUUUUUGAAUUCUAUCAUACUGUCGCACAAACCCAAGCGAGAUGUCACCCUGCAUUGAGAGACACUCAGCAAUUUUUACUUGAUCUUCUUCACGUUAGCGACCCUCAGUCAGAGAUAAGUCUUGGUAGCCUUAUUUCUUACUAUGAUAGACUACGUAUACGUAAGCCUGGAGAUGCGCAAUUUGCACUUGGGCCUCACAUUGAUGGUGGAUCCCUAGAGCGUUGGGAAGACCCAGGAUAUAGAAGCUGUUGGGAGCACAUUUUGAAUGGUAACUGGAAAGAACAUAACCCAUUCGAUGUAUCUCCACGUCUUAAUGCGCAAUUUGAUUUGUAUGGUGCUGCAGGUGGAUGCUCUGUCUUUAGACCAUUCCAAGGCUGGACCAGUAUGAGUGAAGUGGGACCUCAUGAAGGUACUUUGAGAGUACUCCCAAUUGACCUCAAGCUUGCAACAGCUUAUAUAAUUCUGAGACCCUUCUUCUCACCUGUCAGAGGUCCUGAACACCUUGACUUCAAUGAUUGGAAGCUCAAUCUUGAUAGUACAGACUUUCCAGGAAGCUCGCAAGGUAGAACACAGGAGUUAAAUAUACAUACUCACCCUCAUUUACAACUUGACAAAACCAUGGUAUCUGCUCCACGUCUUUCACCAGGUGAUCAAGUCUAUUGGCACAGCGACGUUGUACAUGCUGUCGAAUCAGAGCAUCAAGGUAAAGGUGACUCAAGUGUACUCUACAUACCAGCGAUCCCUCUGACAGUCAACAACGCUCAUUACCUUAGGGAUCAAGUUAGUCGAUUCAAACAGGGUUUACCACCUUCCGAUUUCCCAGGUGGAGAAGGAGAGUCACAAUUCAUUGGUAGACAAAAAGCAGAAGACAUAGAGGCAGGUCCAUCACGUCAACUCCUCGGUUUGGAGGCCUUCCCAUACCCUCCAAAAGCUACUCCAGGUGCUAAGCGUACAAUAGACAAGUCAAAUGAAAUCUUAUUCAGCUAG